AUGCCAUCCCCGUGGCCUCAGGACUGUGCGAUGGAAGCUGAAAGCCACCGUUCGCAUUAUCUGCUCACCUACGAUUCGGAGGAGUCGCAACAUGACAUGAUCAUACGCGCCUUUGAUGGGCGUUUAAUCACGGCCCCGGUAGAUAUCUUGCCCAGCACAAAGGUCCUGGAUAGCGCGACCGGAACAGGUAUCUGGACACUGCAAGCAUCUGCUCGAUAUCCAGAUGCUAGCUUCACCGGCAUCGACAUUGAAUCAGCAAACUUCCCCGUAUCCCCACCCCCAGACACCGAGUUCCUUGUCCACAGUAUCACUGCACUGCCUGAGGAGUGGUCCAGCACGUUCGACCUCGUUCACCAGCGCCUGCUCAUAUCUUCAUUGUGCGCCGAGCAAUCGGAGAAGCACAUCGCGUCCUAA